AAUGUCCAAGCCGAAAUCGUUCACAAUUAUAGAUUCAGUAAUCAAACUCAAUCGUCUUCUUCAUUCAAUUUCUCUGUGUAAAAAUGUCUGGCCGCGGAAAGGGAGGAAAGGGUUUGGGAAAGGGAGGAGCCAAGCGUCAUAGGAAGGUUCUCCGAGACAACAUCCAGGGCAUCACGAAGCCGGCCAUUCGCCGCCUGGCUCGCAGAGGUGGCGUGAAGCGGAUCUCCGGUCUGAUCUAUGAGGAGACCAGAGGCGUUCUUAAGAUCUUUCUAGAGAAUGUGAUCAGAGAUGCGGUGACCUACACCGAGCACGCUAGGAGGAAGACUGUGACGGCGAUGGAUGUUGUUUAUGCGCUGAAGAGGCAGGGAAGAACCUUGUACGGGUUCGGUGGAUAGACGAGUUCUGAUUAUUUCUCGAUGCUUCUAAAUUUGGGAUUUCAUCUUUUGAAUAGCUCGUACUACUAUUGUUAUCGCUGUUUCUGGGAACUUAGAACAUGUGUAAUGCUAACAACUUCAGUAAUAUAAGCAAGAUGUUGAUUUUGUCAGUUCAAUUUGAUUGCAGUGUGAUGUUGUUGCGACUUGUGAGAUUUGGAUGUGAAGUCCUUUCUGCUAUUUCAUCGCUUUAGUUGUUCCUUUUUCCAUGAUGCGAUUUUCACUGACAUUAGGCUGUGAAACGAUAAAUUUAGGGCAUUUAAUAAAAAUAAAUCGACACCUGCUGUUUCAUUUGAA